AUGUCUCCCCUAUUAGACUGGCUUGUCGAGCAUGAGCCUGCGUUCCGCAAAACGCGUCUACCGUCUCUAUAUUCCGACCUCGCCGUUCAAAAGUCGUCGAACCCCGAAGGCUACGCGGCCAACGUGACGGCAUGGGAAUCCGCUCUCGCCCGCGCCGCCCUGGCCGGCCAACUCCCCCUCGAACAGCGCCUGAUCCUCCAGACGUCAGACGACCUGCUCAACGCGCUCGCCAGCCCGCAGUACGGCCGGCCUUCGGGGCUCGGGUGCGUGCUCGACGACUGCGUCCGGCACGGCAAGAUGGUCGACAUGCACGAUUUCCUCACCAGCGACAAGAGCAUUUACAAUCGCUCCUGGCUUCCUAGCCCUUGGGCCGUCCUGCGCUGGAGUCUGCGCCAAGUCGGGAUCGUGGGCAGCGCCAGCUACGAGGCGCCAGGGGGUCGCUUGAAAAAGGGCAAUCUUGUGCUUAUCCCUGCGCUGGAGGAGCUGUGGAAGAAGACGCAGGCGUUGAGAGACGAUCAUUCACAGAGUCUCACCGAUAGAAUCGUGAGCCGGGAAUUGUUCCUCAAGGAAGUGAACGGGCUCGUCCAAGGCCCAACGCCACUCUCCGACCAGGACAUCAACGUUCUGCUUCGCUACUUGGCCCGUGACAAGCACGCGCUCAGCUACGACGACACCACAAUCAAAUUCAGGUCUCCAACUGCAUCGCUACCAGAACCAAUCACCCACGAAGACGGUUCGAUUGCUUCCCUCAAGACCCUGAUCUCAAACCUAACCAGUCAAAUCGCCAACCUGACCGCGCGAGUUGCCACGCUUCAAAGCAGCGCUCAAUCGGCCGUCAAAACAGGAAACAAGACCUCUGCUCUUUCAGCGCUGCGGUCGAAGAAACUGGCCGAGCGCUCUCUGCAGUCUCGCAUCGACACCCUGCACCAGCUGGAAGAAGUGUAUACAAAGAUCGAGACUGCGGCGGACCAGGUCGAAGUUCUGGCGGCCAUGGAGGCGAGCGCUGGAGUGCUGAAAUCCCUGAAUAAGAAGGUCGGCGGAGUGGACAAGGUCGAGGACGUGCUGGACUCGCUGCGCGAGGAGAUGGGCAAGGUCGACGAAGUCAGCGGCGUGCUUGCCGAGCCUGUUGGUGGGCAAGCCGUCUUGGACGAGGCAGAGGUCGACGAGGAGCUGGAAAGCUUGGAGCGCGAGGAGAGGAUCAAGCGGGAAGAGAAAGAGCGGAGGGACAAGGAGAGACUCGAGGCGCAACAAGCCGAGAUUACACGAAGACGGCUUGCCGAGCUGGAAAGCCUGCAGCAGACGGAGCAAGCUCGAGAACAGGAACGGGAGAAGGGAAAGGAGAAAGUGCAAAUGUCCGAUGCGGCGUUGGAGCAAGCAUUAUCCUCGAGUAUCGAGAAGCUCCACAAGCUGGAUAUCGACGGUCUGUCACAACGAGAUCAGGAGCAGGAGCGACAGCCAGAGCCACGGCCACAGCAGGUUGCGGAAGAGACAUAG